GACAGAUGCAGAUCAUCCACAAAGGUGGAUUGCGUUUGAGAGAUGUAGAACGUAGAACUAAAGCUAUUUCGUUGUCCGAUUUUUUUUCCAUUACAUCGCUGUAAGAGCACACGCUUUCAUAUACUUAUAUGAUUAAUCAUUUUUUUUUUUUUAUCUCCAAUCUAUUUCAUACACAGCGAAAAGAUCAAGUAUCUCCGAGAAAAGAUUUGAGAGAUGGAAGCAGAGCUCAGGAACUUCAUUCUUGUGUGGCUUUCUGCAAUAGUUUUUGUAUCUUACUGUUACUACGUAUCACCCAAAAUCAAAGCUGGUGUUUUUCGUUUCCUCUCUGUUCUUCCCGUUUGUGCGCUCUUUCUUGUUCUUCCGCUGUUUUUCUCCUCUGUACAUUUCUCAAGCUCCACAGCUUUUUACCUCUCCGGGUUUGCCAAUUUAAAGCUCAUUCUCUUUGCAUUUGAUCAAGGACCCCUUCUCCCACUUCCCCCUAACCUCGUGCAUUUCAUCUGCUUCACUUGCUUCCCUAUCAAGCUUCAACAAAACCCUAAUUCUCAAAACCGUUUUCAUAAAAGGGCUUUCGCCUUCAGAUUAUUCCUCUUCUUCCUUGUGUUACACGUGUACAAGUACAGUCAAACUCUUCCUCAUUACGUGCUAUUGGGUCUCUGUUUCGUGCAUCUAUACCUUGAGCUUGAGAUCCUCUUAGCUCCCCUCAAAUUUCUGCUCAGUAUCACUCUCGGGUGCGACCUCGAGCCACAGUUCAACGAGCCAUACUUGGCUACAUCUCUUCAAGACUUGUGGGGUCGUCGUUGGAACCUCAUGGUCUCCGCUAUUUUCCGAUCAGGUGUCUACAACCCGGUGCGUGGGGCAAGCCGAGGCCUAAUAAAUUCCAGUUGGGCUAGGUUUAUGGGGUUUUUCGUAACGUUCCUAGUCUCCGGUCUGUUUCAUGAGCUGGUAUACUUCUAUAUAACCCGUGAGGCUCCUAAAUGGGAGGUCACUUUGUUCUUUGUGUUAAAUGGGGUUUGCACAGGGACGGAGGUGGCCGUGAAGAGGACGGUGUUUUUUCAGCGGCGGUUACCGGUGAGACCGGUGGUAUCAUGGCUUCUCACGAUGGGCUUUGUGGCUGUGACCGGUGGUUUGCUGUAUUUCCCUCAGUUUAUAAGGAGCGGCAUGAUGGAGAGACGCGCCAAUGAAACAUUGUUUUUCAUUGAUUUCGUGAAGCGCAAGUUUUCCAUUUUCUAGGGUCUUGGGAAAUAAAUAAUCGCAGAUCUGUUGUUUCUCAAUCUCGUUUUUCGUUAAAAUAAAAAUAAAAAU